CCCCGUUCUAGAGCUAACAGCAACGAUGUAUCCUCAUUCGGCUACUUAUGAUUGCUUCUCGCGCGAUCUCAUUUCUUUUUAAGGUGCAUUUGGGUGAGAAAACACUGCUCGAUCUAUCUCAGAGCGUAGAGAAGGUCACACUAUCUCGGAAGAGCUCUAGAGAUGGCAUUGAUCGCUGCUGGAGCAGCUGGCACAACAGCCCUUGCCGCCUACCUCAAUGCAAAGUUCCAUAUCGUAUACGACCUGAAACAUGCUCGCGGUGGUCUUGCGCCCUCACAAGAUAUGCUAGACUUCAUGGCUGACCGAGUCUUGAAAAAGCGAGUUUUGACCUACCAUAUCUGGGAAGAACAAGCUCUGCACAAUCGACCGAACCAUCCAUUUCUGAUCUUCGAGGGCAAGACAUGGACGUAUAGAGAAUUCUUCGAUGCUAUCACCAGGGUCGGCAAUUGGCUUAUGAAUGACCUGGGCGUGCAAGUUGGAGAGAUUGUCGCGGUUGAUGGAGGGAACAGUCCAGAGUAUCUGCUGCUCUGGUUUGCACUGGAUGCAAUUGGCGCAAGCAUAAGCUAUAUCAACUGGAACCUGACGGGCACAGGACUCGUGCAUUGUGCGAAGCUGUGCGAAGCCAAGCAUCUUAUUGCAGACACCGAUGUCAAGAGCAACGUCGAAGCCAGUCGAACUGAGCUUGAAAACCUCGGUCUUCAAAUCCACUACUACGACCCAGCGUACAUUGCUUCGUUGUCCGACAGUACACCAAUCCCCGAGUCGCGUCGCGAGAACAUCAGUAUCGAGUCAGUCCGCGGUCUGAUCUAUACAUCCGGAACGACUGGUCUGCCAAAGGGUGUAGUCAUGACUACAGGUCGUGAGCUCCUAGUCGGAUACACAACGGCAAAGCAUCUGGGUUUGAAGCCAGAAGACAAGAUGUAUACAUGUAUGCCGCUCUACCAUGGCGCGGCACAUGGUCUGUGUAUUACACCCACCAUACAUGCUGGCAGCACGGUGGUGCUAGGGAGAAAAUUCUCGCACAAGACGUUCUGGCCAGAAGUUGCUGCAUCCGGUGCGAACCACAUCCAGUACGUAGGAGAGCUAUGCAGAUACCUGCUCAACGGCCCUCCGAACCCAUACGAGUGCAAACACAAGGUCCAGAUAGCGUGGGGCAACGGCAUGCGUCCAGAUGUGUGGGAACCGUUCCGUGAGCGGUUCAACAUUCCCAUCAUCAACGAGCUCUAUGCCGCCACUGAUGGGCUCGGCGCAACCUUCAAUCGCAACGCUGGACCAUUCACGGCGCAUGCAAUCGGUCUUCGAGGUUUGAUCUGGAACUGGAGGUUUAGCAAUGAAGAAGUUCGAGUGAAGAUGGAUGUCGAUACUGAAGACAUCAUGCGUGACGAGAAUGGUUUUGCGAUAAGGUGUGGUACAAACGAGCCAGGACAGGUGCUACAUCGGUUGACCCCAGAAACCUUGCCCGGUGUCCCAGGGUACUAUAACAAUGGGGGCGCAACCGAAAAGAGGAGGAUAACGGACGUUUUCCAGAAAGGUGAUAUGUGGUUCAAGUCCGGCGACAUGAUGCGACAAGACAGUGACGGCCGUGUCUUCUUCGUUGAUAGAUUAGGUGACACAUUUCGCUGGAAGUCUGAAAACGUAUCGACCAACGAGGUUGCCGAUAUGGUUGGCAAGUUUCCACAGACUGCAGAGACCAAUGUCUACGGUGUACAAGUCCCUGGCUACGAUGGCCGCGCAGGCGCUGCAGCUAUAGUCAUGGCGGAAGGAGUGACAGAGUCUACAUUCGAUUUCCAGGCGCUAGCAAAGCAUGCCCGAGCUGUGUUGCCUGGUUACGCUGUGCCACUCUUCCUCAGGGUCACACCUGCACUCGAUUACACAGGGACGAUGAAGAUUCAGAAGGGCAGGCUGAAGACUGAGGGUGUGGAUCCAGACAAGAUCACGGGCGAUGACAAGCUGUAUUGGCUGCCACCAAGUAGUGAUCGUUAUCAGCCUUUUGGGAGGAAGGAUUGGGAAUGCAUCAAGAAUAAGAGUGUGAGGCUGACAUAACAACUCAACAAGAAAUAAA